UUAGUUACACAGUACAUGAACGGAUUGGACCAGACACACAAGGUGAAGGAUGAGUCGCUUCCUGAAUGUUCUAAGGAGCUGGCUGCUCAUGGUGUCUGUGAUUGCGGUGGGAAACACAGUGCAGAGCUUCAGAGAUCACAGCUUCCUGUCCCAGAAGCUCUACACAGGAACUCCUGAUUAUGUGAAUGGUCUUCAGGCGAGAACCUUUGGCAUAUGGACCCUCCUGUCCUCCAUCAUCCGCUGUGCCUGUGCCAUAGACAUUCAGAACAGAACGCUUUAUCAUAUCACCCUGUGGACAUUUGUUCUGGCGCUCGGUCACUUCCUGUCCGAAGCAUUUAUCUAUAAAACAGCUCCUCUGACCAUUGGAGUCAUGGCACCUCUGAUUGUAGCCAGUUUCUCUAUCGUGGGCAUGUUAGUUGGCUUCCAGUGUAUGGCUGAGCCUCAGGAAGCAGUGGGAGCUCGUCAGAAGAAGAGGAACUGAGUGGUACUUCGGCGCGGGACGCUUGUGAUGGGAACAGUGUUUUCUGAUGGCUCACUGGUUUACAUGCUUGUCCUCAUAGCAAAACAUAUGAGGCCCAAACUACAUUUUCACUGCUUUAGAAUCUGUGUAAUAUUCAAACAAUAAUCAUUUUAUAUGGAUAUUUGAAGUUUAAUUGUCCGAAAGCAGUUACAGUGUCGGUACUUUUGUGUUGUUUUUAGCUGAGAUGCACGAGCCAGGUCCACUGAAGCCUGCCAUCCAAGAAUAUCUUCCUUUCUAAUUGAUAUUUUUGUUUUAACUUCUUGUUUUGUUGCUAAAUUGAAGUGCAGAAACAAUAUAAUAGAUUUUUGGUAAAAAAUAAAAAAUAUAUUGAUGUUUUGUUUUUUUGUGUAUU